AUGGCGGAACCUCUUACCCCCACACAUCCAUCGGUGACAAAUGCCAUCAAAGCGCUUACAGAGAGCAUCAUCCGUGACAACCGGCUUGAAGCAAAUGCGCAACCCUCCAUCAAAGAAAAUGCUCCCCCAAAACCCACUCCUGCCUCGGGAAAGAAGCGCAAGGCGGCGGAAACAUCCCUAGAAGAAGAAAUCGCAGCAUACAAGGCAGAUCUCGACGAUGUUAUUUGCACAGCCGAUUUCGAGAACGAUCCACUUCCCAGCUGUGGCUCUAUCCGCGCAAAGAUGAACAAGCUUUUCGAUUCAGGCGUCAUGAACAAGGCAGAAUUCUGCAGAGCCACAGGCACAAACUCCAACUCGCUCAACAAUUUUCUCAAGCAAAAGGGCACCUACGGCGGUUCUGGUAGUUGUGUCUGGCGUAAUGCAUACGAUUGGUUCAAGCAGCGUGAAGUCAUGGGUCUCAAGAUGCCCGAUCCCAAGAAACGCCGCAUCGCAGAGGCAAAAAAGAACGAAGCAGAGGGAAAGACUUCCAAGGGAAAAUCGUCAUCAACGAGUGUAACAGGUCUUCCCGACAUAAGCAACAUCCAUCUCCCUGAUGAGGAAAUAGACGAUGUACCCGUCUACGACGACUGUGAUGAAAUCCGUCGCAAGAUCAAUGCUCACUUGAUGACCACCAAUGUCACUCAAGCGCAGUUCUGCCGGGACCUGUACGCACAGUUCAAAGUACCCACGUGCAAGGGAAUCCAGUCAAAGCAGCUAUCCGACUUUCGUUCAACCAAGGGAUCGAAUUGUGGUGCCAAGAGCUCGGUGUAUUACGCGGCAUAUGUGUAUUUUGAGAAGCUGAGAAUCGCGCAGGGGAAGCCCAUGAGCCAGCAUCAUGCGUUGAACAUGGACUUGAAUCCCGGGGGUUUGCCAAGGGAUGUCGAUGGUAGAGCUAUUGUUUGGUAUCUCGGAGCUGCCUAG